AUGCUACCGUGUCUUCUUACCAAGUAUGCCAAGGGCAGCUUAAGACCCAGAUUUACAUAUUUUGCAAGCUUACAAUAUAGUACAAAACCUAUUACAAAGAAGAUAUGGGGUCCUAAGUAUAAUUAUGAUGAUCUUGCUAUAUACUUAAUGGCCAUCCCAAUUACUACCAAACAUUCGUACAUUUUCUCGAGGUAUUCGGAGAAGGCUCUCUUGGGAGGGAAACCAUCGUUGGAAGCAAGGAUUGUGAAUAAAUUUGCAAAUCUUUGGAAUAGGAUGGAAACUUCUGAAAAAUCAAUGAAUAAAAAGAUAGUAAAGGUGCUGAACAAGUGGUUAGCAAGCAUUCCUUGGAUCGAAACUUCAUUGAAAUCAUUACCAUCAAAGAAGAAUAUUAAUAGAUUUACAAAAGCAGAGGACAAACCUGUCAGUCAUCAUGAAAUUGUUCGGUCAAACAUUAAACCUGAUGAUUUGAAAUCAAUACCAUUAUUCUAUCCUGCAAAUCUACUCAGUAUGGAUAAAAUUGUCGGACAAAUCAGCCCAGAUCUGGGACUUCUUUACCGAAGACACAAGAAAUUGCUUCUACACGAUAUUCUUCUUUUGCCCUUGACAAUUCCAAUCAUUCUUAUUCCUAUUGUUCCAAAUAUCCCUGGGUUUUACUUAACAUACAGGGCAUACUGUCAUUGGAAGGUUCUCUUGGGAAUUUCACAUUUAAAAUAUUUAUUGGAAACAGGUAAUCAUCUUGUUCCGGAGGAAAUUCAAAUGGAAGAUGUGUACAAAGUAACGUCCGAUAUUCAAUGUAAAGACAAUGUUAAACACUGUAUCGAGGUUGGCGAUGAACCAGAAAGUCUCGUUAUAUCUGAAGACAUUGUUCCAGCCAUAUGCAACUCUUUUGGUGUGCCAGGGUUAACAGGUAAUAUACUUACUGCGAUUAGACAAGAGAGAAAACGCUUGAAAGAAGGUGCUCCGGAAUUUCCUUGGAAAGACCAACUUGAUAAAUAA